CAGGUAGAAGAGCCUACAAAACAGACAGCAUUGAAGGCUGCUUUCUCUCUUGCCGCCUGCUGCUCCUCCUCCUCCUUUGUAAACCCUAGUAGCUAGUGAAAGGAAAGGGGAAAUGUCUACGGAGAAAAGAAAAGGAAGAAAAGAGGAAGUGGUUACCAGAGAGUACACCAUCAACCUCCACAAACGCCUACAUGGCUGCACAUUUAAGAAGAAGGCCCCCACAGCCAUCAAGGAGAUCCGGAAGUUUGCACUGAAAGCAAUGGGCACAAAGGACGUCAGAGUGGACGUGAAGUUGAACAAGCACAUCUGGAGCAGAGGAAUCCGAAGUGUCCCGAGGAGGGUCAGAGUUCGUAUUGCUCGCAAGAGGAAUGAUGACGAAGAUGCAAAGGAGGAACUCUACUCUUUGGUUACUGUAACAGAGAUCCCACCAGAGGGAUUGAAGGGACUCGGUACCAAGAUUAUUGAGGAUGAAGAUUAAGCAAUCAAUAGUUUUAUAAUUCUUUUAAGUUGUUUGAGACUCUCAUCAAUUUUGUUAGGAAGCUUAUUUGGAUCAUCCAAAUUGCCACCAGUUUUAAUUGAAUUGCGUUUCUUGUUCUUCAUUGGUUUAAGUACCAUUAUAGUCAUAACAUUUUAGCUUUUGAACAUGGAGUUAAAUGUGUUCUCUGAUGUUUAUUGAUUACUUUACUUUGAGAACUAUUUAAAACAACGUCAUGCAUUUCUUUC